AUGUUCCUAAUUUCUUGGCGUGGUUACUGGCAAGAACUUAUUGAAACUUUAGUAUGGGCACACGAAAAAACUCCUUUAGCUAACCUUGUUUAUUGGAAAGAUAUACCAGUUGCUCUGUCUAUUGUACAAGCACGUUUAGUAGGUUUCGCUCACUUCUCAGUUGGUUACAUUUUUACUUAUGCUGCAUUCUUAAUUGCUUCAACAUCUGGUCGUUUCGGUUAA